CGGGCGCGGAGGGGUUGGGAAACCGUGGUACGUCACGGCCUGCGGCCCCCAUUUUGCCCCCCUGCUUGCCGCAAGUUAGGCCAGGAGGAGGAGAGGAUAGCGACGGUGGGGGCAGAAGAUGCGGGCGGCUCCUCAUAAAGGGCCGGCGCGUCGAGUGAGCCGAACGUGAGGACGAUAUUAGGGCGAAGGGGUGCCACAAACACCGCGAGGAGGGGAAGGGAGAGAAAAACCAGCCCGGGCUUGGCCGCCAAGUUUUUCCCCGAUGGAAUUUGAACAUGAAGGGGUGAGGAUCAAAGUACCGGAGCGAGCCGAAGCGAUCAGCAGCGGUGAGGGCAGUGCCAGCAGCAGCGGGACGGGUAUCGCGGGCGGCUCGGUGGCCAUCGCCCGCAAGUCGCCAGCGCUCGCCACGCCGCCUCCUUUCUUCGACAUCUUGGUGAGCCCUCCGUCCCCAGCCAGCCGCUUCCUGAGUAUUAUGGACAAUUUCUCGGAUGAGAACAACAGCAGCAGCAGCAGCAGCAGCAACGAGCCAGAGUACGAGAGCCUUCCCGAAACCGUUUCCACCUCCACGCACAUGAUCGCCGGAGCCGUGGCCGGGGUCCUGGAGCAUUGCGUGAUGUACCCCAUCGACUGCGUCAAGACCCGAAUGCAGAGCCUGCAGCCAGACCCUGCUGCCCGAUACAGGAAUGUAAUGGAUGCUUUGAAGAGGAUUGUCCGUACUGAAGGUUUUUGGAGGCCAAUGAGAGGAUUAAAUGUGACUGCCACUGGUGCCGGGCCAGCACAUGCCCUCUAUUUUGCCUGCUAUGAAAAGAUUAAAAAGACAUUGAGUGAUACCAUCCAUCCGGGUGGUAAUAGUCACAUAGCUAAUGGUGCAGCAGGAUGUGUGGCGACUUUGUUUCAUGAUGCAGCUAUGAACCCUGCUGAAGUGGUGAAGCAAAGGAUGCAGAUGUACAACUCUCCCUACAAGCGGGUGUUAGACUGUAUGAGCACCGUGUGGAAAAAGGAAGGGGCUGGAGCAUUCUAUCGGAGCUACACAACCCAACUGACUAUGAACAUCCCCUUCCAAGCUGUUCAUUUCAUGACUUAUGAGUUCUUGCAGGAAAAGUUGAAUCCGCACAGACAGUACAACCCUUCCUCGCACGUUCUCUCCGGAGCUAUGGCAGGUGCUGUCUCGGCAGCAGUAACAACACCACUGGACGUUUGCAAAACACUACUAAACACACAGGAAUCCUUGGCUCUAAACUCCCUCAACAUCAGCGGACAUCUUUCUGGCAUGGCAAAUGCCUUCAGGACGGUUUACAGACUGGGUGGAAUCCCAGCAUAUUUUAAGGGAGCUCAGGCGAGAAUAAUCUAUCAAAUGCCAUCUACAGCUAUUGCCUGGUCUGUGUAUGAGUUCUUCAAAUACUUCAUUAGCAAACAUCACCGUGAAAGGAGGUCAACUUACUGAAGUCAGUACUGAUCAGCCAGCACUGAUGCCACAAAACCUAUUUGGACUGCAUUACUACAAUCUAUCCACUGUUGCAUUCUUUCUGAUGAGGGAAACUGGCAGUAAAUGUGAUCCACAUUGCACUCUUUAGUUCAGUCAAAAUUUAUUACCUUGUCUCCUAACAAAUAAUGUCAAACCAAAGUUUGUGUAUUUGUUGUAACAUCUAAAGCCAGGUAGACUUGGCCGUUGUCAAUAAGUAAAACGCACAGGUAUUUGCUGCUGGCACAAAAUUGGUGUGUCGGCCAUUGUUUUAAGACUUUUCCUUCUGGGUACUUUCUUCCCUCCAGUUUGCUGGGCUGGUUUAUAAGAUGUUUUUAAAGAAAAAAGCACAUACAGGUUUACAUGCUUAGCCAAGUGUCAACUGUUGCACCGAUAUAGGUGACUAUCAUCAAAGUAGGUCAGCAUAUAUAAACUACUGUCAAGUAGGCAUCAAACUGCUUAGCCUAGAAGGCAAAUACCGUUUUUAAACUGUAUUUCACUGCACUCUUUGUAUUACAUCAAGCUUUUUCAUGCCUACAUUUGCAUCAGCUACACAGCUUAAUAAGAACUGAUUUGGAGCCCUUUAUAUUCACUGGAGUAUUACUCUGGGGUUAAUUUACCUGGCAAAAUUCUUUGCUGUUGUAGAGAAGGGUUUUCACAAGGAAGAUGAUUAAACAAUAAGACAAACUAUA